GCAGCGGAGCUGAUAAGCUGUGACUUCUAUGACUGGAACUUCUGCAAAUGGUCUUCAAUGGGCGCUUCAACGUCAAGAUGGGUGUUUGGGAUCAACCGGUCCUCUAGCCUGGGCCCUCGCUCAUAUCCAGCAGAUACAACGAAAGGAAGCAUAGCCUACAUAACAGGGUCACGUCUGGCGAAGUUACAAGGGGCAGCGGCGCUUCAAUCACCAAUGGUUGGACCCCAGUCAGAACCAGCCUGCUUCUCCUUUUGGUAUCACAUGUUCGGUGGUCGUGACAUUUGGCUGCAACUGACCCUAAAUAAGUCUCCCAUGGCGGGCGGGUUGAAAAAAACCAUGGUGCUUUUCCUGCAACGUCAUCGCACCACAGCCGACCGAUGGUACAACGUCCGAAGGACACUGAGCUUGGAUAGCGUUCAUAACAAGAUGGUUUUCGUGGUGGCAAAUUUCAAGCCUCUGCGUAAUGAUGCGAUGGUCGCUCUAGGACCUUUCGAGCUAACCAUGGGAGCAUGCGACGUGGUAACAGACGGAAGAGGUUAUUGUGACUUCGAGUUCGACACUUGCGGUUGGACUGCAGCCACCACAUGGAGAAGAACGAGUAACUAUGCAUCGAUGGUGGGCCCAGAUGCGUCCUCGGUACCAGACGAUUCCCUUUACUGCUUGACAGCCAGGCCACCCAACGUACCACGUGAUGGUGCCUUGCUCACUAGCCCCGAGUGGCCCGGUCAAAAGCAACCUCAAUGCCUCGAGUUCUGGUACAAGUACGGUGGAAAAACUGACCCAACAUUACAGGUGGAAGUUAAGGCAGAAGGGAAGAGUGAAGUUGUGUGGCAGCUGCUGCCAUACCCCGAAAACGAUUGGAUGCUCGCACGUGUGGAGAUAUCGCAAUAUAAAACAUUCAAGGUGGUAUUCCGGGCGAAAUUUGGAAGCGACCCUACUCAAUUUGUGAGCCUGGACAAUGUCAUCCUGCGGCCUGAGCCCUGUGUCCACCCCGCCGAGUGCGACUUCAUUGACGGCCUUUGUGGCUACGUGAACAAAUUUCAAGGAAACUUCCAGUGGCUCGUGGGCACGGGUCGCUACGAAGUUUCUGUGCUCCAACCAGCGGUUCCUCGCGAAAAGGAUACACCUCCAUUCGCCUACCUUGACUUGACCACUGGCACCACGGACUCAGUUCUUCCCGGCAUAAACACCGUGAAAGGAGAUCCCAAUACAGCGCAGCUUCGUAGUCCUCUGUUUGACGUCAGGAAUGACAAUACCCAGCUGACCAUACAGUACUACAGACGAGGAUCAGAUAUAAUUGCUGCAGAUGCCUCAGUUACCUGUUACGGAAAAGCCUUCAACAAGGCCCAACCUGAGGUGCAAUCCUCGACCGAAAUGAACGAAGAAUCACAGUGGACAGCAUUAAAUGUUCCAGUUAAACGGGGCUCUCGCUGUCAGGUUGCAGUGAGUGUGACUCGAGGCCGAAGCACCAACGGCACGAUGGCCAUCUCCUCUGUAAAGAUCAUCACGUCAACACCAGCUGUCAAGCCAGGGGAAACUACGGACUCGCCUACUCGGUGCACAUUCGAAGAUGGCACAAUGUGUGGAUGGAACUCUGGAACGUUGUCCAAUCAGUGGUUUCUGAACGAUCCUGUCAAGAAGCUUCCGGAUUAUCCACGUUUCGACCAUACCCUAAAAGCGUACAGAGGGCGUUUCAUAUAUGCAAAGCACGACGCUGACUACGUUUGGGGAACUGCAGUGUUUAAGAGUCCUCAACUGGACGUUAACGCCACUAGUGGAGCCUGCCUCAGCUUCUGGCUGUUUGCAGACCAUUCAAGCCACGUCAACCUUGACGUGUGGUCAGGGAUUGAUCGGUUGUACCGCAGCAGGGUUCGCUCUUCUCAUCACUGGGAACACGUAGUGGUGAACUUCAAGAGGCCUGAAGGAAAGUUUGAGCUGUGGAUUUCAUUCUUCAUGGCACGGGCUCUGGUGGCGCUGGACGACAUUGAAGUUAGCAGCGGGAUAUUGCGAACAAAGAGACUUUUGCUCUUGGGAAAUAGGCUCCCCGUGCCUAGCGUUGACUGUUCCGGGCAGUUUUUCCGACUGGAAUAUACGAAAUGGCUCCGAAAUUGGACUGCCGGACCACACGACGAGGAAUCUCACAGGCCGCUACCUGUACCUGAACACGACUGCGGUUGACUCUCAUCAUCCAAUAUCCCGCGUGUUCAUGCGGUCUCGUCCCCCAACCGAGGCUACGUGUGUCACGUUUUGGUUCAGCGGACGUGGAUUUACCGGCAAGCUA